AUGUUAAGUGACAGAAAUUUAAUCCAAGUUUUUGAGAUAAAUUUGGAUGGAAGAGUGGAAAGUUGUCGCAUUCAUGAUCUUCUACGCGCUCUUUGCAUCGAAAUGGCCAACGAGAACAACUUCUUUUGUAUACGCCACAAUAUACAAUCUAAUUCUUUUUCUACACUUCGUAGACUGACCAUUGACAACACUAUUCAAUAUUCCUUUUCUAUUUCUAAAACUCCAAAACUUCGUGUCUUGCUCUGCUUCAGUAACUCAGGAGAAGAAUGGUCUUGGAUUCCUGAUGAAAUAGGAAACCUGAGUAGCUUGACUUACUUUAAGUUGAGUGGGACAUUUAAAAGGAUUCCUUUAACCAUAAGGAAUCUCAAGAAAUUGGUGACAUUGGAUAUUAGUCGAGCAGAAUUUGGUAUUUUUCCAAGAACUAUUUUCAGGAUGAAGUAUUUGAAGCAUUUACUCUGCUGCUAUGUAUAUGAGUUUGAGUCUAACAUAUGCACAUAUUUGAAUGUCAGAAAUGAGGUGUAUUUACCGAACAUGGAAACUUUAGAUUAUGUGCCUGGUACCAUUUUCAAAGCUAGCUCAUUGCACAAAUUCUCCAACUUGAGAAAGCUGAACUUAAUUGUGAUUAAUGACCAACAUAUUGAUGUAAUAUCUGGUAAAACACCCAUAUCGGAGAAGCUCCAACACUUGCAGUUGAAUUUAAGUCAGAAGUUUGAGAGGUUAAACCUGUCCCACUAUGACCAUCUUGCUAAGUUGAUUCUGAAGGGUAGGCCUGCUACUCCACUCAGGCUUGACACCAUUGAAUUCCCUCCAAACCUGAUCAACUUUUCCAUUCUUGGUUUGAACCUCACUAAGGAUUCCAUGAAGGUACUAAAGGAACUACCCAGAUUAAAGAUCCUUUCAUUGGAAGGUUGUAUACAACGUAGGUCAAUCAAGCUGGAUUUCUCAUGA